CGGAAAUAUAUAAUUCAAAGGCUUUUCUUUACGGUACAAAAGUUUCUAAUAUGUCAUUAUACAAAAUUUGUACCUACUGCUAUGUGAAUUUAAUUUGAAAAGGUGCAUUUAACAAUUAUAUAAAUCUCAUACAAUUAACGAUGACUUGGGAUAUUACGUUGGAUUUCGAAUAUGUGGUAACGAAGAAAACACCUCCCCGCGUAUGUUUUGGCACUGGACUAGAUCGGGAGGUGUUGCCCUUGAAAGGAGCCAACAUGAGUCCAUUUAUGAGACGCAAUACAGGUGAAGCAAGACCUAACUUGGGUCCUGGCAGUUACGACGAGAAACGUGACGCUUUUUAUGAGCUCAAUCACCGGAUAUAUAGUAAAUACGGUUUAGGGGCAAAGUCCUCUCGAUGGAAAACGAAGCACGAGUAUCAGCCGCCGCCAAAAGAGCUACCGCCAAAAAAACCUACUCCCCAAAACUGUGCUCCAUUUAACGCUACCUCGAAACGAAAAGCUCUAUUUACAGCAAGCGACUGUCCAGCACCAUGCGACUACUGGCCUGAAUACAGAAAAAGGGAAAUUAAGUUUGCUUAUAGUUUCUCUGGUAAGAAAGUCCUUCGAUGUUCUGUCGAGAUAAAAUGCGUUCCAUACAACUUGGAUGUGUGCGGUGUUUGUGGCUGUUCGUGCUCAGCCCAAGGAGACUACUGGCAGUUCGAGAAUCGAAUAUUCCUCUGUCGUAAACAUUAUACAAGAUUGUUCAAGCACUGUCUGUCCAAAUUCCAAGGCGCCAAGUUAGCAGAGUUCAAGUCGAUCAGAGAUUGCUUCUUCGCGCAUGCACAUAACAGCUGCAAAGCGGCUUUGAAGAUCAUGAAAAGCGAGGAGAUAGAGAAAAAACUACGCAAAGAAGCUUACCUCGAUCUUUACUUUCCACAACGACGAUUCUGUAACAAAUGAGAAUAAUUAAA